AUGAUUCGUGUCACGGAAACGGAAGAAGUGGUUUGGGGCGUGGAGGCAAGCCUGGGGUCUGCUGUCACCACCGGCAGCAGUGAUCCCUAUUGCAUUGUGAAGAUUGACAAUGAGCCCAUCAUCAGGACAGCCACUGUGUGGAAGACCUUGUCCCCAUUCUGGGGGGAGGAGUACAAAGUCCAUCUUCCUCCCACCUUCCACUCGGUGUCCUUCUAUGUCAUGGAUGAAGAUGCUCUCAGCCGAGACGACGUCAUUGGGAAGGUCUGCCUCACCAGGGAUGUCUUAGUGGAGCAUCCCAAGGGUUACAGUGGAUGGCUCCACCUGAAGGAGAUUGACCCGGACGAGGAGGUUCAGGGAGAGAUCCAUCUGCAGAUGGAGAUCCUGCAAGGCCAGGGGCCCCAGAAGCUCCGAUGCACCGUGUUGGAGGCCAGAAGCCGAGCCCCGCUGCAUCAGGCAGGUGUGGCGCUGGCUGCCCCUCAGCGCUCUUUCCACCUUGGACAGAUCGUUAAGAAGUCCUGCUACCCAAGAUGGAACGAAACCUUUGAGUUUGAGCUGGACGAGUCCGCCCCGGGGACGCUGUGUGUGGAAGCCUGGGACUGGGACCUGGUCAGCAGAAACGACUUCCUGGGCAAGGUGAUGUUCAACAUCCACGGCCUGCAGGCUGCCCAGCGGGAAGAGGGCUGGUUCUGGCUGCGGCCAGACCAAUCCAAGACCCGGAUGGACGAGGCCAGCCUGGGCUCCUUGCAGCUGCAGGUGCGGCUUCGGGACGAGACUGUGCUGCCUUCCAGCCUCUACCAGCCUCUGGUGCAGCUGCUUUGCCAGGAGGUCAAGCUGAGGCCCAAGGACCAUCCGGUGCAGCUGAUCUCCCUCAUUGAGGAGACCACGACGGCCGAGUGUCGCCAGGAGGUGGCCACCAAUCUGGUCAAGCUCUUCCUGGGCCAGGGGCUGGCCAAGGAGUUCCUGGACCUGCUUUUCCAACUGGAGCUCAGACGGACUGUGGAGGCCAACACCCUCUUCCGGAGCAACUCUCUGGCUUCCAAGUCCAUGGAAUCCUUUCUGAAGAUCUCAGGCAUGCAGUAUCUACACAGCGUUCUGGGCCCUACCAUCAAUCGAGUCUUUGAAGAGAAGAAGUAUGUGGAAUUGGACCCCAGCAAAGUGGAGAUCAAGGACGUGGGGUGCUCAGGACUGCACCGGAUCCAGACAGAGAGUGAGGUGAUGGAGCAGAGUGCCCAGACCCUACAGUCAUACCUGGGUGGGCUUCUGUCGGCCAUCAGUCGCUCUGUGAGGAUGUGUCCAGCAGUCAUCCGUGCCACCUUCCGCCAACUUUUCAAGAGGGUGCAGGAACAUUUUCCUGAGAACAAGCACCAGAACCUGAAGUUCAUUGCCGUCACCAGCUUCCUGUGCUUACGCUUCUUCUCACCGGCCAUCAUGUCACCCAAACUCUUCCACCUGCGUGAGAAGCAUGCAGAUGCCCGCACCAGCCGCACCUUGCUGCUCUUGGCCAAGGCUGUCCAGAAUGUGGGCAACAUGGACACACUGGCCUCUCGAGCCAAGGAGGCCUGGAUGGAGCCCCUCCAGCCCAUGGUCCAGCAAGGGGUGGCUCAGCUGAAGGACUUCAUUACCAAACUCAUUGACAUCGAGGAGAAGGAGGAGCUGGACCUCCAGCGGGCGCUUAACCUGCAGGCCCUGCCUGUGAAGGAGGGGCCCCUCUUCAUCCACAAGGCCAAGGGCAAAGGCCCGCUCUUGUCCUCCUUCAAGAAGCUCCACUUUUCCCUCACCAGCGAGGCCCUCAGCUUUGCCAAGACGCCCAGUUCCAAGAAAAUGACCUUCAUCACCCUGGCCAACAUCCGGGCGGCCGAGAAGGUGGAAGAGAAGAGCUUCGGCAACUCCCACGUCAUGCAGAUCAUCUACACAGGCGAAGCCGGCCAGUGUGAGACAGCCUAUCUGCAGUGCAAGUGCGUGAAUGAGCUGAACCAGUGGCUGUCUGCCCUGCGCAAGGUCUGCCUCCACAACCAGGGCAUGCUGGGCUCCUACCACCCAGGCAUCUUCCGAGGAGACAAGUGGAGCUGCUGCCACCAGAAGGAAAAGACAAGUCUGGGCUGUGACAAAACUCGAUACCGGGUGACCUUGCAGGAAUGGAACGACCCCUUGGACCCAGACCUGGAAGCCCAGCUCAUCUAUAGACACCUGUUGGGCAUGCAGGACACCAUGCGUGAAAAGUACCUGGAGCUGACUGCCCUGGGGGCUGCUGGGAAUAUCCCCAACAUUCAAAGUGAAGCACUGGAUGGCCCCACUCAGCUGUUCCAGGUACUCCAGGACCUAGAGAAUGCCCACCGCUCUGGCCCUCUGACCACUGUGGACCAGGAAAAGAACUAUCUCUUGAAGUUGCAGACGUGAGACUGAGCCCUGCUCCCCCCAGGCCAAGGCCCCAACUCCAUCCGUCCCCCCCUCUGCCUCCUGCUGGGACUAUUUAUUCCCAAGAACUCCCUGUCAUGUGGUUGCUGCCUGUGGACUCUGUGCUUUGGAGAUCUGCCUGUGGCCUGGGUGAUCCUCCAGGCCCCCUGGUCUGUGCCCCUGCCCUCGCUUCUGUCCCAAAGCUCAGCCCUUGGCUACAAACCAACACCCUCUCCCCCAUCCCCCAUUUCCAUCAGCCCUGCAGGGGCCUGAACCUCUACCCUGGGCUUGUGCUGAAGCUUUAUCCAGAGGCUUUGAGAGAGCUUCAGGAGGCUGAAGGCCCUCCUGACCAGGGAGGGAGACAGAAACCUCCUUGCCCCAAUUUCCUGGGCAGCCACUAGGUCCCCAGGCAGUGCCCCUGGGUCCGGUUUGGGGUAAAAAGGCAGCCUCAGAAGCCCCAGGCCCACUUCAUCGCUUGCCCCCAUCCUGGGCCCACUCCUAGUUAUGCCCUUGAUUCUAACAUUCCAUGAAGUUCAAAGUGGGGAAGCUUGGGAGCUGGGGGAUGAUGGGGGGGAGGGGAAGGGGUGCCAGGAUCAUUCAUGAGGGCUUGCGGGUGAUAAGAAAGCUCCAGAGUCUCUUUCUGGCUCUGUUGGCCCUGUGGCUGGUGCCCUACUCUCCCAGCUCUUCUCCCAUCCUCGGGACAAAGUCUGAUGAGCAAAGUCCUCCGGGAGCAGAAGGCAAGAGAAGAAAGAGGGCUCCGGUGUCAUCUUCUGUGCCCACUACCCCCACCCCCAUUCCCAGCAUGGGCACGCCAGGGCCCCUGGGGCUCACAAGGGCCAGGAUUCAGGCUCCAGCUUCCUGACUCAUCUGAGGUGGACAGGCUCAGGCCCUCCCACUUCCGCCCAUCCCCAUCCUCUCAGCUGGGCAUCACAGCAGACUACAAUAAACUUUACU